AGGAAAACACCUACUCAAACCAACAACUUCAACCCACUUUCCCAAUCUUUGCAAGCAACUCAUUUUUAAGUUUCAAAGCUCGAAAUUUUAUUGUACUCGCCCUUUUACUUGUAACAUUAAAAAAAUGGCCACAAAUGGUUCAGAAGUGAAACAUCAAAAAUGGCCAGCAAGACAAUUUUAGACACCAAGAAGUUGGGCACAAAAAGUCUCCUUCAAAGUGAUGCUCUCUAUCAGUAUAUACUAGAGACCAGUGUAUAUCCUAAAGAGCCCCAAUGCAUGAAAGAACUAAGAGAGAUUACAGCAAAGCACCCAUGGAACAUAAUGACAACAUCAGCAGAUGAAGGGCAAUUCCUGAACAUGCUAAUUAAGCUCAUUAAUGCUAAAAACACUAUGGAAAUUGGUGUUUUUACUGGCUACUCUCUUCUUGCUACUGCUCUUGCUUUGCCUCAUGAUGGAAAGAUUUUGGCCAUGGACAUCAACAGAGAGAAUUAUGAAAUUGGACUUCCAGUAAUUGAAAAGGCUGGAGUUGCACACAAGAUUGAAUUUAAAGAAGGCCCUGCUUUACCUGUUCUUGAUCAAAUGAUCCUAGAUGAGAAAACUCAUGGAACAUAUGAUUUUAUCUUUGUGGAUGCUGACAAGGACAACUACCUUAACUACCAUAAAAGACUAAUUGACCUAGUCAAAAUAGAAGGGGUGAUUGGGUAUGAUAACACCUUAUGGAAUGGAGCAGUUGUGGCCCCACCAGAUGCUCCAUUAAGGAAGUAUGUUAGAUAUUACAAAGACUUUGUACUGGAACUCAACAAGGCAUUGGCUGCUGAUCCUAGGAUUGAGAUUUGCCAGCUUCCUGUGGGUGAUGGAAUUACCCUGUGCCGUCGUAUCUGCUGAUUAUCUCUUAUUUACGUUUGGUUCGAUUAUAUUGGUACCACAAAGUGUAUUAUUCUAAUGUAUAAAAUAAGUUCUUGAAGUAUAAGUGUGAUUGAGAUCCACCCAUUGUUUUAGCAAUUUACACAUUUGAGGUUCCGUAAGGUGGAAUCAUAGCUUCCAUACUCCUUACUGAACUUUAUAGUUACCUUCUAAUAAGAAUGGAUGUGCAACAAAAAGAGUUGACGACUUAACAUAUUGCAAUUGUCUUAUAUUGUUUAUUUAGAUCAAGAUUGUCUCUUACAUUUUAUAGGCCCUAAGCGAAAUAAAAAAAA